AUUUGUAUCCAAAACAUAUCACAACUAUAGAUGACAGAAAAAACCAUGGAAGAUGCUAAGUUGGUUUGUUCCCGAUCUACAGUAUUGUUGCAAGAUUGGAUCACAUUCAAAGCACUGGCUUUGGAAGAAAAAAGCUGUAUAACGAACCAGAUAGCCGAAGAGAAAUAUGGACGUCUCAUGAGCCAUCUUAUCAGCUCCUGCACUACAUCUGAUAUCUUAAAGCGUGUGACAUCCCUUAUUGUCGACAAAGCUGUCCUUGAGACCUUUUGUCCUAUGUACGCUCAAUUGUGUUGUGAUAUCCACGACAAAAUGCCUAGUUUUCCACCUUCAGAGCCUAUGACUGGUGAGAUCUCAUUUCGAAAGGUUUUGCUGAAUACAUGUCAAAAUGUGUUUGAGGGAACAGACGAGUUGAGUGAGGAGAUUAGAAACAUGAAUGCGCUAGAUCAGAAGGCAGAACGGGAAGACAAAGUAAAACUGUCGAACCUCCGGACUCUAGGAAAUCUUCGUUUGGUUGGUGAGCUUUUUCUAACGCGGAAGCUGAUGAUAGAAAAUAUUGUUUUCAACAUUGUUCAGAAGCUUUUGGAGGAUGCUGAGAAAAUGGGUCCAUCAGAGGGACAAAUUGUAGCUAUUUGUCUCUUUCUCAACACUGUUAGCAAAAAGCUAUAUGAAUCAAGGUUGAACUCAAAACAGAUGAACGAGAUUUUCAGACGUUUAGAGAAUCUGUCAAAUCAUCCUCAAUUGGUUAUAAGCAUGCGAUUUAUGGUUCAGAAUAUGAUCCAUUUGCACUCCAAGUGCUACAGCAGAACCACACGUGUGUCUCGCACUUGCAAAGUCAAGUGGAAAUAAGAAUAAUCUAGAAUCAACGUGUGGCAAAGGCUGAUUGGGCGAUGAAGAGAAGGCCGUUAGAAGCAGCUGCUACUUGAGGAUGCGCGGUUUCCAGAAUUCUUGUAAAUGCUAGGUUUCUCUCA